AUGGGUUCCAUUUGUGUUAGCCGUUGCCGCUCUGAUGUUCCACAUUCCAUCAUCGGUUUGGCGGAUGCUCUCCAGUCAAAGCGGUCUAACGCUGGUUUGGUGCUUCAGUUGGCGUGCCAAGAGCAGAAUGUUGAUCCAUUGGUACGAAAUAAAACCAUCGAUAUUUUAGCCAGGCAUAUAGACGAUGCUUUGAUGUAUCAAAGAGAGCACGGAGCCCGAAAGAAGAAUAUCUACAUUUUUGCCGUCGUUCGAGUAGGCAAAUUCUAUGGAGCCUACGUGUCGACGGUCUAUGUGUUUAUCAAAUCACUUCAUCUCUGCAAUGUGAUACUGCAAUUUCUUUUGCUGAACUCGUUCCUCGAGACGGCCGAGUAUCCGCUGUUCGGCGCCCACGUUCUCUACGACUUGUUGCUAGUGAGUGAAGGAAAUUUUUGA